AUGUCGCGUCCCAAUGGCUCAGAUGAACUAGACGUCCUUGUAGUCGGUGCAGGCUUCAGCGGAAUCCACCAGCUCUAUCAUUUCAGGAAACUGGGAUAUUCUGUCAAGGUUUUCGAAGCUGCUUCAGACCUUGGCGGAGUAUGGUCCCAUGGAUAUCCAGGCUGUCGUGUAGAUUCCGACCAUCCACUUUAUCAACUUUCACUUCCGGAGCUAUGGGAGGACUUCAUAUGGAAAGAGCGUUAUCCUGGCUGGCGCGAGUUGAACGAAUAUUUCCAAUACAUCGAUCGGAAACUGGACGUGAAGAGGGAUGUUUCGUUCAACACCAGAGUUGUCGCUGCACGAUUUGAUCAAGAGAUAAACCGAUGGAUAGUCACAACAGAAAAUGGACUCGUUGUCCGUCCUCGGUUCUUGGUGUUAUGUGUCGGAUUUGCAUCGAAAUCGUAUACACCGGAGUUCGGAGGACUAGAACGGUUCGAAGGUAUCUGUCAUCAUACUGCACAUUGGCCCCAAGAAGGCGUAGAGUUGAGGAACAAGCGGGUUGGAGUAGUCGGGACAGGUGCAUCCGGCGUUCAAGUAAUCCAAGAAGUCGGACCCGAAGUCUCUCACCUCACUGUAUUUCAACGCACGCCCAACAUGGCGUUGCCUAUGCGCCAAAAGAAUUUGGACGAAAAGUCGCAGGAGCAGCAGAAAGCUCUUUAUCCCUCGAUGUUUCGUCGGAGUAAACAAACUGGUGGUGGAUUUCCGUAUGAACGAUACCCAAAAACUUUAUUCUCCGCCACACUGGAAGAACGCCUAUUACACUGGGAAAAUCUAUGGUCUCAGGGCGGCUUCCAUUUCACUGUGUCCAAUUUCAACGACAUUCUGAUGAAUGAGGAUGCUAAUCGCGAGGUGUAUAAUUUCUGGAGAGACAAGGUUAGAGAACGGAUACACGAUACGAGGAUUCAAGAGCUUCUAGCACCCACUAUCCCUCCGCAUCCUCUAGGGGCCAAACGCUGUUCAUUGGAGCAGUCAUAUUACGAAGUCUUCAAUCAACCGAAUGUCACCUUGGUCGAUCUGAAUGAAAGUGACAUAUCUGAAGUGACGAGUAAAGGAAUCUUGACCAAGGACGGAGUUGAGCACGAAUUUGAUGUCUUAGUACUAGCAACCGGGUUCGACAGCCUUACUGGCAGUCUUACGCAGAUAGAUAUUCGUGGUGUAGACGGGGUCUCGAUCGCAGAGAAGUGGGCCAACGGGGUAUACACGAAUCUUGGGAUGACUUGUGCUAAUUUCCCGAACAUGUUCUUUAUCUAUGGGGCACAGGCACCGACCGCAUUCUCGAAUGGACCUACCUGUAUCGAAAUCCAAGGACAGUGGAUCGUUCGAUGCAUCAGACAUAUGAAAGAGAACGACUUGACGGCUAUAUACCCAACACCUGAAGCUGAAGCUCAAUGGCGUGCGCUGAUUAUGAAUACGGGAUAUCGUGCAUUAGUCAACAACGCAAAAUCGUGGUAUGUUGGGGCGAACAUACCAGGAAAAACCGUAGAGCCAUUGAAUUACACGGGAGGGGUGAACCAAUACCUUGAGAUCAUUGAAGGGAUCGCGGAAAGAGGGUAUGAAGGCUUUGGAUUUAUGUCUGAAGGAGGGUCUUUACAAAAUCUAGAUAAGUAA